UCGGUCCACUUUUUAGUGUUCAGGGUCCUAAUGGGCUGGCGCUCCCGGUGCCCUCUCCUCGCUUCAGGGUAGCAUGGCUCUAGAUCGAGACUCGAAGUUUCAUAUGAGGGUGGCGCUUCCUUGAGGCUUGAGCUCCCGUCACUGGUGCCCUGUCUGACACCCGACGCCUAACGCCGUGGAAGAGAUUUGACGGAUAUACUUACUGCAGUGUGGGCCCAUUCCGUCACGAUUUUUCGAACAUCUCGACAUCAUUCCAUUGCCUACAUGCCCAAGUCCUAGGGCCACUGGACGUGUAUGAGUGACCUGCAGCGAACAUGAGGUAUCUUCAGUUACUGCUUCCAUUCCUGGCUUGGAUCUCUCUCGGACUUGCUCAAUCAUCUCCACUAGAAGUGGCUGUUGCCCAGCUCUCACCAUGCGCGCAAUCGUGCUUGAAAGCUGCCACGGAAGUGUCGAUUUGUGGAGCUACUGACCUCGCAUGCAUAUGCACAAAUGCGAAGUUACAGAGCGACGUGGGGACGUGCUUGCUAUCGUCUUGCACGCUCAGAGAAGCCUUGGUCACGAAGAAUGUCACUGCAACAGCAUGCCAUGCACCAGUACGGGACAAGAGUGAGAGUGCUCGACUCUUGAACACCAUUCUUUCCGUCAUCAGCGUCGCCUGCGGUCUGACAAGGCUCACCUACAAAGCAAUAUACUCCAUGGCGGAAUUGGGGUGGGACGACUACACCAUAAUCCUGACACUAUUCGCCGGUGUGCCAAGUGUUGUUUUAAUUGACCGGGCUUCCCUACCAGCUGGACUUGGAAAAGAUACCUGGACGUUACCUUUCGCAACAAUCACCGAGUUCGUACGCGUGCUAUACGUAUUGGAGAUCCUGUACUUCUUUCACAUAACGCUACUGAAGCUCACGCUCCUGCUAUUCUUUUUGCGGAUCUUCCCAAGGACCAUCAUUAGGAAUCUCUUGAAAGGCACUAUUGUCUUCACGAUAUUAUGGGGCCUUACCUUCGUUAUAGUUGCUAUCUUCCAAUGUCGACCCAUCAGUCACUACUGGACGAAUUGGGACAAGGAGCACAACGAUGGCCAUUGCAUCAAUGUGAAUGCGCUAGCUUGGAGUAAUGCCAUCAUAAGUAUCGUACUCGAUUUCUGGAUGCUAUUCCUCCCUCUAUAUGAGGUCUUCAACCUGCAGCUGUCAUGGCGCAAGAAGAUAAGUGUGGCAGUCAUGUUCCUCGUCGGCACGUUUGUCACGGUUGUAUCUUGCCUCCGUCUCAAAUCACUUGUCAACUUUGCCGCCUCCACAAACCCAACCUGGGACCAAGUCGAAGUAGUCAAUUGGUCGAACAUCGAAAUCAACACAGGCAUCAUCUGCGCAUGCCUUCCCACCAUCCGCGUCAUGCUCGUCCGAUUCUUCCCCAGCAUCAUGGGAACAACAAAAGCCUCCAGUCAAGCAUAUCACGCGAAGUACGGGUACGGGAACGGAAGCCGUGGGCUGGGCAAUACCGUAGGGAGCAAGGGCGGGCAGAUGAGCGCGCGCGGCGUAAAUGAAAUCACCUACACGAAGACAUUCGAGGUGCAACAUGCAGACAACGACGAGAUGGAGUUGAUGCAGGUGGAUGAGUUUGGAAAAACGAGUCCAAAGGCAAGGAGUAGUAAUACGAGUAUAAUAAGCUUGUAGACUAACAAUCAAUAU